AUGAUUAAAUUGGAUUUUUUCAUAAAAAAGGGUAACACGAGGUUCCCAAACGGUUUAUUGAAAGAAGAGAGACAGCUCCUCUGCUUUAUGUUUUAUAUAUUUAUUAUAGAAACAUCAUUAUCAUCAACAAACAUUAUGUCUGAUAUUGAUUCAUAUUUGGGAGGAUUUGGGUUUCCAAUAGACCAAGUCAAGUUUUUAAUAUGUGUAGUUGCAUCAUACCCACUUGCUACACUCUACAAGAGAUUACCAAACUCUACAUUGAAACAUAUAAUGAGUGUCUUUUUGGGUAUCCUCUAUUGUCAUUGGUCAUUGGGUGAAUGGUCGUGGAUUCACUCUUUUAUUAGUUCACUCGUCGUCUACUUGAUCGUCAGCUUUUUGCCACGUAGAAACUCACAUCUCAUUGCUUUUACCUUCUCAAUGAUCUACCUCUCUGUCAGUCAUUGGUAUCGUAUGUAUACCGACUAUAUGGGUUGGAAGAUGGAUUACACUUCACCACAAAUGGUUCUCACUCUCAAGCUUACUUCAUUUGCUUGGAAUUAUUAUGAUGGUCAAAGAGCUUCAAAUGAAUUAACACCAGAUCAAGCUAAAAAGGCUAUCAAGACUUUACCAUCAUUAUUAGAAUUCUUUGGUUUUGUUUACUUUUUCCCAACCUUUUUGGCUGGUCCAACCAUUGAAAUUAGUGAUUAUUUAAAGUUCACUUCAUUGGAAAUGUUUACUGAUAAGAGACUCAAUGGUUUAUUACCAAAGACUGGUACAGCUGCACUCAAGACAUUCUUGACUUCAUUACUUAUGUUCCCAGGUGUCAUUCUUUCAGGAAUGUACCCAGCAAGCUACUUUGUCACCACUCAAUUUGCCAUGGAACCAAUUUGGUUACAACUCAUUAGAGUUCAUGCCCAUAUUGCCCUUACUAGAUUCAAAUAUUACUUUGGUUGGUACAUCUCUGAAGGUAGUGCUAUUUUAACUGGUAUUGGUUACAAUGGAUUUGAUAAGAAUGAUAAUAUCAGAUUUGAUAGAAUUACAAAUGUCAACCCAGUAAAGGUUGAACUUGCAUCAAAUAUUAGAGAUGUUUCAACUUAUUGGAAUAUUGGUACUAGUGAUUGGUUAAAGAACUAUGUAUAUCUUAGACUUACACCAGUUGGUUCUAAACCCAAGUUCUCUGCCACUCUUCUCACCUAUGUCACCUCUGCCUUUUGGCAUGGAUUCUAUCCAGGUUACUACAUUUUCUUCUUUUGUACCACUUUCCUCACCGAAGUUGCCAAGGACAUUCGUCGUAAGAUCCGUCCUUACUUUGUCAAGGGUACUGGUGCCGAAGAAAAGGCAAUCCAACCACAAAAGAAGAUCUACGAUAUCGUUGGUACCAUCGUCACUGCCUGGUGGCUCAAUUUGUUUGGUGCUAGUUUUAUUCUCCUCAGUCUUGAACCAACUCUUGUUCUCUGGAGCAACUUUAACUAUAUCCCAGUCAUCAUGUUGUUUGCUGCUUUUAUCUUCCUUCGUUUCGUCUUACCAGCUCCACGUCCAAGCAAACCAACCACCUCUACUGCUGGAGAAAAGAAGACUCAAUAA